GUUUUACAUGCAGCGUGUAGCACUCCCGCGCAGAACGCUUCAAAAUUAAAUGACCUUGAAGUGUUCAAUAUUUAAAAAUAGUUGUAAUUUGAAAUAAGAAUUUGUUUUUUAAUAUGAAACAGUGAUUUAGUAAAGGAAAAAUGAUUAUGUUCAGUAAAGUGCAAGUAAGACAGGUGAUGAGAUGGAAGGAUAGAGUUUUCUAUAAUUCUGGAGUGGGGGUAUUCGGACAUCGACCGCGAGAGUUUAAUGAAAUUGACACUCCACAGGAAAUAAUAACGAAACGCUACGAGAACUGCCGCGCGCAGAGGCUAAUCGACGCGUACCGAACAUACGGUCACUUGAAAGCUAAAAUUGACAACGUCGACUAUAAAAAUGAAAAGAGACACAUCAAAGAGCUCGACUUAACGAGAUACGGCCUAUCGAACGGAGACCUCUUGGACUCGGGUCUAAUGUACGGCCACAAUGGAAGACAAUCUGCGAGCGACUUAGUCCGACAAUUGGAGGAGAUUUACUGUGGACCCAUCUCUUACGAGUUCUCGUACUUAGAGACAGAAGCCGAACGAGAAUGGUUCGCAAAACGCGUAGAAGCUGGUAGCGAUAACGUUGACAAGGAACGGCAGAUAGAAAUCUUGAAAGAGCUUCUACAUUCACAAGUGUGGGACAAAUUCCUAUCGAUCAAGUAUCCCACUGUGAAGAGAUAUUGCGGAGAAGGAGCGGAGUCUCUACUGACGUUCUUCUCGACUUUGUUCAGAUUAACUGCUUCAGAAAACAUACAGCAUGUAGUAAUGGCGAUGGCACACAGGGGAAAAUUGAACGCAUUGAGUGGAUUACUGAAAUGUCCACCGGUUAAAAUAUUCCACAAAUUCAAUGGAAACCCGGAGUUCCCUGAAGAAGUUAACGCUGCAUGUGAUAUAUCUACACAUUUAAGCGUCUCCAGCGACAUUACAAUCGAUGGUAAAACAGUUCGAUAUUCUCUUAUCAACAACCCUUCACAUUUAGAGGCAGCAAAUCCCGUGUCGAUGGGUAAAACUAGAUCGAAGCAGUUACAGUUGAGAGAGGGUGACUACUCGCCCAACGGCGACUCCAGAUUCGGUGACAAAGUUUUAAAUGUUCAGAUUCAUGGUGAUGCAGCGUUCACCGGUCAAGGAGUGAACCAGGAGACUCUGAUGCUUACCCAAGUACCCCAUUUCGAAGUGGGCGGGUCUUUGCACGUCAUUGUUAACAAUCAGGUAGGAUUCACUCUACCGGCCAGUCGCGGUAGAUCGAGUCGCUACGUGACUGAUUUAGCGAAGUCCAUCGCAGUUCCUGUCAUACACGUGAACGGGGAUCAUCCGGAAUUGGUAGUAAAAGCAACGAACAUAGCCUUCGAGUAUCAACGAAGGUUUCGACGCGAUGUCUUCAUAGACUACAACUGCUUCCGGCGCUGGGGACACAACGAGCUCGACGAUCCUACCUUCACCAACCCGCUACUCUACCGACAUAUACACGGCAGGAAAUCAAUUCCAGACACAUACGCAACGCGUCUCCUCUCCGAAGGGAUUGUCGCUGCAAGUGACGUGGAAGAGAUUAGUUCGUCGUAUCACAAGUACCUGCAGACUCAGUAUGAGGCGGCCAAUUCUUAUGUGCCCGAGGUUUCUUAUUACCAAGAUCAAUGGUCUAGUAUUACUCAUGCGCCCAGGGCUAUCGAAAUUUGGGACACCGGUGUCGAUAGAGAACUCUUGAAACUUAUUGGCCGGGCAUCUGUUUCUACGCCUAAAGAUUUUAACAUCCACGCACAUCUCGCAAAGACGCACGUCAAAAAUCGUCUCAACAAAAUAACAGAAGGAAAAGAUCUCGAUUGGGCGACUGCAGAAGCGCUUGCCUUUGGGUCUCUAAUGCUCGAAGGUCACCACGUCCGCUUAAGUGGCGAGGACGUUGGACGAGGGACAUUUUCGCAGCGACACGUCAUGUUGAUAGACCAAGAGAUGGAGACCAUACAUGUGCCCCUCAAUCAUAUACAUCCUGAUCAGAAGGGCUUUCUGGAGGUAGCUAAUUCCAUACUAUCAGAAGAAGCAGUGUUAGGUUUCGAAUACGGUAUGGCGUUUGAUAAUCCAGACAACUUGUGUGUCUGGGAGGCUCAGUUUGGAGACUUCUACAACGGCGCUCAGAUAAUAGUCGACACUUUCAUAGCUUCUGGAGAGAUAAAAUGGGUAAGAAGCAACGGUCUCGUGAUGCUCCUUCCUCACGGGUACGACGGAGCGGCCUCCGAACACUCCUCGUGUAGACUUGAAAGAUUCCUACAACUCAGCGAUAGUUCAGAAAUUGCUCCAGAUUCUGAAGCUGUCUGCUUACAUAUUAUGAAUCCAACCACGCCGGCUCAGUACUUUCAUUUAUUGAGGAGACAGAUGGUACGAAACUACAGGAAACCUUUAAUAGUCGUCGCUCCGAAAAUUCUCUUGCGGUUGGCGGACGCCGUCUCGCCUCUCUCGGAAUUCGAACCCGGAACUCACUUCAAACCAGUUAUUGGCGAUGCGACCGCAAACCCUCUCAACGUGAAGCGAGUGAUCCUCGUGAGCGGGAAGCAUUACUACGAACUGAAUAAAGAGAGAAAUAGGGCUAAAAUUGAAGAUGUUGCUAUAAUAAGGAUGGAAUCACUUUCGCCGUUCCCGUUGCAAGCGAUACAGAAUGAAUUGGCUAAAUACAGUAAUGCCAGAAAGUUUAUAUGGAGUCAAGAGGAACACAGAAAUAUGGGGGCCUGGAGCUUCGUUAAGCCUCGCUUCGAGAAUCUUCUCGGAAAAAAGCUGACAUACGCGGGCCGCGCUGAGUACGCGACCCCUGCCGUCGGUACUUCUAAGUUACAUAAGGUGGAAGUCGAUCACAUUCUACGAGAACCGCUCUACAAUAUUAAAUAAAAUAAUGAAACAAAACAAUGAAACUAUUGAUAUUGUUAUUACUUUCCGAUUAAAUACGUACUGGUACGAACAAUAUUUUAAUUCGAACUUUUGCAUUUAUGUGAUGUAUUGUUAUCUAUUAAUGUUUUUUUUUAAUUAAAUAUAAAUUAAAUUUGUUAUAAAUUAAAA